CCAAGCUCACAAAUGAUUCAACUUGACCUAGACUUCUACUAGCUACCGUACCGGUAGAGGCUACACGAUUCUUCGUCGAACAAAAGAAAACUGGAGCAUAGUCGUGAACUUGACGUAGACUUUACACUUGCUAGACCGUACCGGUAACGGCUACUCGAGUACGCGAUUCGACCAAAAAAACGAAGCCCGAUCGCUUACUGUAUAGGGAGACCUGGAUGCUACAGCAUGUAGCUAUCUAGUGCGAGACGCGGAUAUGGCUCUUUCCUUGUAUCAUAUGGCUCUCCCGGCAGUUGCGGUUCGAUAUCGCCCCCUAAACCGGAGCGGACGUGUUCCUGUAUACCAUGGUACUAGCUAGUAGUGUUCCUGUAUAGGUCGCACCACAAGGAUCGCGACCUGCAAUUUUCUUCCACCGUAGACUCUAGAGGGCGUUGGGGGUGGAUUACCCCCAUGCAAUAGCCUGGCACGGUGCUCUCAUUAUAUUCACAACAGGGCAGCCAAUACGGAUACCCCAGCGAGCCAACGAGCAUAGUAUUAAAAUAGUACAGUACCGUGCAACGACCAUGACUUCGAAGAAUGGUGGAUCUACCGGUACAAGUACACUCCUUGAAGAAAAGGAGAUUGAGUACUCCAUUCAAGAUGUGGAACAGCACAACACGGUGCAUGACUUUUGGACUGUGGUGGAUGGUGUGGUGUACGAUUUGACGGGAAUGCAUCACCCUGGCGGUUCCAUCAUUAUGGGUGCUGCGGGGGCUGAUUGCUCGGUUCUCUUUCAUACCUAUCACCUUAUGGGGCCGGAAAAAGCCCAAGCGGUCUUGCAACGACGUAAGAUUGGCGUGUUGAAGGGAGGCGCCCGCAUCGAAAUGGGCGACUUUUAUCGCGCCUGCGCCAAACAAGUUCGUGAAACACUCAAGGACAAACCCCGUCGUCCAGCAGCUGCCAAGUUUCUCUUUUUCCUCGAUAUGGCCAUCAAGAUGAGUCUCGUCGUGGCAGCCUUUUUCCUCAAUCCCGCCACGACGCCCCUUUGGCUGUUGAUUGUCAUUCAUCUCGCAAUCCCUCAAAUGAACUUUAUGCGUGUAGGAGGACAGUGCCACGCCAAUGGUCACAUGCAACUCUUCAAGUCCGAUAAGUCUACUUCAUGGGCAGAGUUCUUGGGACUCUGCAUGGGUGGUCUCCCAAGCUGGGCUUUGCCAAACCCCAGCAAAAACCAAUACAAGAAGAUCAACAAACCCCUCAGUGUCUCCCGAGAUGAAUACAAGUACGGACACAUUGGUCGUUUGGGUGAGCAUGCCAUCAUCCACCACACCCAGGGCGGAGAAAUCCAACAUGAUACCGAUUUCUUAACCAUCUCCUUCAUGAAACUCUUGCGCUUGUCGGAGGCUCAGCCAUUUCGUCUUUGGCAUUCCAUACAGGCAAACUUUUGGGUUCGCGUCCUCUAUGAUACCCUUGGGGAAGUGGUUGAAUCCACUUUGAUAGCCACCAGCUGCUUUCGACUUGUCUACAUUGUUCGACGGCUGCUCCCCCAGGGUGAAUACCGACGGGCCCUUGGCCUUGUGUGUGCCAUUCUUACGAGCAUCCCAGCCAGCUGGUGCUACUUGGCAUUUCCCUGCAGUUCCCACCCACAUGCCAUCAACAUCUUUCUGGCCAUUGCCGUUUGCAAGGAAUACUUCGGAUUUUUGGGCAGUCAUGCGUUUUUUGCCCAACACAAGUGGAACUAUUUUGCUACAGAAUCAAUGAUCAACAAAGAUUGGGGGCGGCACAAUGCCCAAUCUUGUUCCUCUUGGUGGCCCCAAGGAAUGGAUUUGGUCAUGCUCCCUGUUUUGUGGGGCAAUCCAAAAGGCUGCACCCCAGCUACCUUGUCCUUUCAUCUGGAGCAUACUCUUUUCCCCGGGGUUUGCUAUUUGUACUACCCUGAGAUUGCUCCUGUGGUCCGUCAAGUCUGCCAAGAAUAUGGAGUCCAGUACAAUGGUUUGUAUUCCAUGGCUGACGUCGUCAAGGCCCGUCUUGACAUGUUGGAGCACUACAGUACAGUGGCCCCGAAGACCAAGACGCCGUAGCUACUAGCUAGAUAGAUGCACCAAGAGUGAUUGAAUCAUUCAGUUCUGAAGAGAGUGGAAGAGAUACAUGCAAUGGAAACUGCAGCUGUGAGACUUACAUGUAUUGCUGUUUGUUAUCUGAGAGAUCCGAGAGUGCCGCUUGUUUGGAUAUGGUGGUACAUGUACAGUACGGACGCAUUGAAAGGUAUGGGUAAUGAGAAAUUCAAAGUUGACCUAGCCAUUAUUUCUUUCUGUUAUCUGUUUGAGAUGAGUGUUAAACCUAUAGUUGCCAUUUGAAAGUAGAGCAUUAACAGAUAAUACGGACCAUAUACCCACAA